GCAUUUAGCGCCAUUUUCUGAAAUCUGAGCCACGCAAAACAACAGACGAGCGUUUGUGGACUCAUACAAACCUUUUUCUCCAUCUUCCUACCCUUUCUCAGCUGUGGGCGUUCUAAAAAACCUAGUGCUGCUGGUUUAAUCUGUAUUAUUUCCAUUGGACAUGGUGAAUCGAAGGAAGCGAAACCGUACCAUUCAAGAAGAAAGCGAUUCAGAUGCGAGCGGAGAUGAAGGUGCGAGUUCUGAACCCAGCACAAGCCACGCGCAGAGCAGCAAGCGAAGCAAACCAGAUACCGAUGAUGCUAAUGAUACGGACCUACAGGACUCAGAUGACUUGGACUGCACACAGCCUGAACUUGCGACCAAUAAGGAUGAGGCGGAAGUCGGGAUCAUUGAGAAAGUCACCCUGGUCAACUUCAUGUGUCACACCAUGCUAGAGGUUCCACUGGGUCCAAAUGUUAACUUCAUCAUUGGCCGUAAUGGAAGUGGAAAAAGUGCCAUCAUGACAGCCUUAGUGGUAGGCCUAGGGGGCAAAGCUACAGUCACAAGCCGAGGAAGCUCACUGAAGGGGUUCAUCAAAGAACAUUGCCAUUAUGCACUUAUUUCUAUCAAGCUUAGAAAUCGUGGCUUAGAUGCUUAUUGUAAGGACAAAUAUGGCCCUUCGAUAACAGUGGAGCGACGCAUUAAUAGUGAUGGAAGUGGUUCUUACAAGCUGAAAUCUCACUCUGGCAAAACAGUUUCCACUAAGAAAGAAGAGCUGAAUCACAUCUUGGAUCAAUUCAACAUUCAGGUGGAUAACCCUAUUUCUGUCUUGAACCAAGACACCAGUAGGAACUUCCUUAACUCUUCUGACCCCAAAGACAAAUACAAGUUCUUCUUGAAGGCGACUCAACUUGAGCAGAUCAGUGACGAUUACCAGAUGGUACUCACACAUCAAGAGGUUAUCAAUGACAUGUUGGAGAAAAAGGCAAAGAUGAUCCCGAUAACUGAGAAGGAAGUGAAGAUCCUUGAGAACAAGUACAACGACCUGAAGCAGCUGAGAACAAUGAAGGACCAGGUGGAAGAGUUGAAGAAGGAGAGGGCAUGGGCAGAGGUCAUUGAAUAUGAGAAAAGACUUGGUCCCUUAGAACGAGAAGUGAAAUCCAAGCAAGACAAACUGCCAAGGUAUGAGGCAAAGGUUGAAGAAUGCAAUGCAGAAGUCCUUAGACUGGAAUCCGAAUCGCAGGCCAUUGAAGCUGAGAUUGAAACUGUCCUUAAAGAGGCAAGGGAGGCGCAACCAGAACAGACAGAGAUUGAGGCAGAGCUCAAGGAUAUUAAGAUUGCCCUCCGAAAGAAAGAGUCUGAAGUUCGUAAAGCCAGACAAAGCCUCAGAUCUGCUGAACAGGACAUGAGUGACCUCACAGAAAGGAUCAGUGAGAUCAAGCAAUCUGCACUCCAUGACCGAGAAGCUGAGAGACGGCAAAGAGAGGAAACUUUGGCAAAGAAGAGAGAGGAUCAUCAAGCUGGUCAGAACCAGCUCAAUAUCACCAGUCACCACAAGGAUCAGCUAAACCAGGCAUUGAGUCGGGCAAAAGAAAACAGCUACUCUCUCAAAACGGAUGUGAAUGAUGCCAAACGUGCUGUUGAUGCCACCCAGAGGAACUUGACAAACCUUCAGAGCAGCACCAGGGAUAAGUUGAGACUGUUUGGUCCAUGGAUGCCAGACCUUGUCAAUCACAUUCAGCAAGCUGCAAGGAGAACUCGCUUUCACAGAUUGCCUGUGGGGCCGAUAGGUGCUCAUCUCAAAUUGAAGAAUCAGAAAUGGGCGUUGGCUGUGGAGAGCUGCAUUAAGGGUUUGGCAAUAGCGUUCUGUUGUACUGAUAGUCACGAUGAGCAGAUCCUGCGACAGAUUAUGAAGCAGGUGUGCCCACCAAACAGUAUCCCACAGAUCAUCAUCAGCAGGUUCCAGGACAGAGUUCAUGACGUCUCAAGAAACAAGCCUCGCUGUAAGUACACUACAGUAUUGGAUGAGCUGGUAGUUGAUGACCCUGUAGCGACAAACUGCUUGAUUGAUCAGCUCAGUGUGGAGUCUGUUCUUCUGGUUGAAGACCCCAAGGAAGCACGUGACGUCAUGUUCUUUCAUACUCCCCAAGGGGCAGGCAUGGCUUAUGCUAUCAAUGGUGACCAAGUGAUAGGGGGACGAUCAGCCAAGUACUACUCUGCAACAAGUUCUAGUGCACAUUUCUUGCAACAGGACAUUGAACAGGAAAUCAGACGUCUUGAGAGAGAUCUGAAUAACAAAAGGCAGCAGCAUCAGCAGUUACAAGACGAACUACGUCAGCAAGAGGCCAACAUUGCUGAAAACAAGAGAGAGCUUGUCAGAACUACCAACAAAGCUAUGCGAGAGCAGGAGGUUGUCAAUCGGCUAUUGGAGGAAAUCAAAGAGCUUGAAAAUUUUGAAGAAGAAGAGCUUCCAGAUGUAACAACUCUGGAAGAGGAGGUUGUGAAUAUCACUCAACAGAUUGCAGAGCUGAAAGAACAGAAAACGAAACUAGAAGAGGAGUUUGAAGCCAUCAAAGAGAAGCACCAGAAGCAGGAGCUAAAGAAGCAGAGAUUCAAGGAGAAGAUGGAGGUGCUCCUGAGGAAGCAUGAGCCACUCACGAAAAAGCAAGAAGAGACAAUGGUGGAGAUCCUGACAGCAAAGAAUAACAGAAAGCACUACUCAGAUAAGGUGCAGGAAAACAAGGACGCGAUCAGCAAAGCUGAGAAAGCGGUGGUGGAAAUGACGCGGAAAAUAGAGAGCACUUCUGCAAUGGCCGCUCAGUAUUGCGGCAGUCCCGAUAAGAUAGAGACAAAGAAAACCGUAAAAUCCUUGGAGUCCGAGAUUCUGCAGAAAGAAAAGUGUAUCAGGACAGAGGAACAGAAGAAAAACCACGGCACGCACGAUCAGAUAACAAAACAAUACUUCGACGCUUUGAAAGAGCUGGAACACAUCAAAGAUUCUUUGAAGAACCUCAGACGCUUCAACAAGCGUUUAACAAACAUGAUGAAGAAAAGAACACAAGCAUAUCAAGAUUACCGGGGUUUCAUCGCCAUCCGUGCUGCCUUCUUCUUUUCGAUGAUGCUCUCGCAGCGUGGUUACCAGGGCAAGAUGAAGUUUGACCACAAGAACGAGGCCUUAUACCUUCAGGUGAAUGUAGAGCAGGGCAAAGGGCGUAAUGCCAAAGACACUCGUUCGUUAUCUGGUGGCGAGAGAUCCUUCUCUACUGUAUCGUUCAUCAUGGCUUUGUGGGAAGCCAUGGAGUCGCCGUUUAGAUGUCUCGAUGAAUUUGACGUAUUCAUGGACAUGGUGAACCGCCGCAUUAGCAUGCAGAUGAUGCUGAAGGUAGCGAAAGAACAGCUACAGCGACAGUUCAUUCUUCUCACACCACAAGACAUGAGUGCCAUCGGUGGCGGGCCAACUGUAAAGAUCUUCAAGCUAAGGGACCCUGAGCGCGGCCAGACCAUUUUACCCUUCCAACCUGUGGGACAGAUUAACGACGACGAGGACCGAUAGAAAUACGUUAAAAAGGAUAACAAAUGCGUUGAUAACCACCAGCAUCAACAAAACCAUCACCUCAUCUCUGAACACUAAUUAUCAUUAACAUUAUCAUUACAUUUAAUCGUCAUCACAAUCAUAUCCACAUUGCUGUUAAUUCCGGCACGUUCAUCGCCAUUCUCAUCGCGGAUUCCGCCAUUUUGAAAUGUUGUUAAUUCCAAGAAGACUUCCAAGUAGUGAAAGGACAUGUAUUGGAUCAAGGGCGAGAGCCCGGAAUUUGAUAAACAACGCUGAUCACUUUGGAAGAAUUAAAGUACGGUGACUCUUUGGGGAGGUGACUCUUUGGGGAGUCACCCGACGCUUAUCAUCAGCGAUAUCAAUUCACUGAUCAAAAAUACCCUUGACAGCUUGGCACAGUUAAGCCGCAUGCGUUCGUUUUCAAGACAAUGAAUGCAUCUCAGAUUAUUUGUUACUGUUGAAAAUGAUUUUAAUCCAGAUGAUCUCUGUCAAGAGGAACAAUUUCCGGAAACAUAUUGUCUCCUCAUCUAUCGCGGAAAACUCGACUUAUUGUGGACAACGAUUAAUGUUGGCCAGGAGUGAUUGUAUUGCCUCCAGGUGGGAGAGGAGACGGCUGCAAACGGGAACACGCUCUCGCAAGAUGGACGACGGCUAUAGGAGUUUUCCUAUCGAUCGUUUUGAACUAUUCGUUUUGAAAUAGAAACUUAAUUUUGAAAAUCAAAUUUAUAAAAUGUGAAAUCAGUUGUGUGGCAAAUUCUAUCGUCUCUAAAUCCACUAUAAUGAAGAGGCAGCUAUAGUACUCUCCCCUAACAUUUACCGCCCCUCCGUAAUAAGUCUGAUACCCGCCAUUUUGUCAUCCUAGCAAAAUACCAAGUGUGAAAAAGCAUACAUUUCCAUCGGCUUAUUUGAGAAAGUUAAAGUUGCUGUGAUAUGUUCUAUUGAGCUUGGUUAAACGAAGCAUAAAAUUUUGUUCUUAGAUGGUAA